CAAUGGAAAAGAAACCAAGUUAAAAUUUGGAAUCUUCUCUUAUUUAAACUACUAAUAUUGUAGCUAAUUAUGGUGCUACCAUAAAUCCUAUGGGAAUGAAUUAAUCAUUACAAAGAUAACCAUCAAAUAAUUUGAAUUUUUAGACAGAUUAAUCAUUUGAAAAUAAAUUAGAUGGUUGUGCAAUAAUUAGAGUACUCAAAGAUUUUGGAGAAGAUUAAGAUAAUUUUGUAAGUGAUAUAAUCUUUUUUUAAAAUCAUCUAAUAGUAUCAACUGUUGAUGGAUUGAUUGUCAUUUAUUAAGGAAUUGGUGAAAAUAAGAUUGGAGAAUAUUAAUUUGAAGGAAAAUGUACUAGCAUAUGUGGUUUCAUAUAUAAAGGGAAAUUAGCAAUAGCUGUAUGGUAAACUUAAUUGUCUAUUUAAAUAGUAUUGGUAAUUUUGAAGAAUAGAAUAUUGGAAUUGUAACAUUUGAUAAAUCUAUAUCUUUAUAGGGUUAAUUGUAAGGACAUACUGAUCCCAUUUUGAUGGUUAAAUAAUUAAUUAAGCCUGAUUAUUUGGUUAGUUGUUCUGGUGAUCAUAGUAUUAAGAUUUGGGAUACAUCUUCUAAUGGAGUAUUGGAAAAUAUAAAAGCAAAGACUAUAAACAAUCAUAAAAUGGCUGUCAGAGAUGUUAUUUUAAUUAAUAAUAAUCAACUUGUAUCUGGAUCAUUUGAUGAGACUAUUUAAAUCUAUGAUCUUAAAUCAGAUAGAAUAAUUUAUGCCAUUUAAUGUGAAGAUUGGAUAUAUUGUGUAUGAAUUUAAUUUAAGUAUAGUUAUAAAACAUUACAGAAAAGGCUUUUGCUGCUGGUACUGGAUCUGGAGAUAUUAGAAUUAUUAGUACAUCUAAUUAUAAUGAAAUGUUGAGAGUCAGAAUAGCUCCAAAUUAUAUUAAGAGUAUUAUGGUAUUUUAAAAUCCCAAUUAUCUAUUCUUAUCAUGUAAAAAUAGAGAUAAUUAUAUCAUUCGUAUACAAGAAUAUAAGCAAAUUGAUUAUAUUACGAAGACUGAAGAAGUUGACUUUGUUCCUGAAGGCAUUUGUAUAGUUGACAAUUAUAUCAUAUAUGGAGAGGCCAAUACUGUUAAAAUUAAAUAUGUUAGUUGA